AAUUAGGUUAUGCUUAUGUAAACAAAAACUGUACCUGAAGUUUUAAUUUUUUCCAGAAAAUUGUGUUUCCAAGUGUGUUUGUUAAUAGUUUUUCUCUCGCCUGCCAGUGUUUUUAAUCAUAGUCUUCUCCCUCUGACAAAUUCAUCCAAGUUUGUAAUGGCUCUCAGUCAUUUUGCUGAAAAAAGUGGUAUCGUACCUUGUAACACAGAUUGGGGUUGCUGGUGGCAAACGGUUGAUGAAAUUCACAUUGAGGUCAGAUUUCCUCCAGACCAACCCAAAAAGUCGAGGGAUGUCUCCUUAAAAAUUGCUCCAAAGAAAAUUGAUUGUGUUGUCUCAUCCGUUCGCAUUUUCCAGGGAACUUUAUUCAGUAUAAUCCAUGCUGAUGAAGCAAUUUGGACCAUUGAGGAUGGUGGCCGAUUAUUGAAUAUAGUGCUUCCAAAAGCUGACUAUGCUGCCAAAGAUAUAAUUUGGAGUUCUCUUAUGGAAGAUGGAACAUACGCUCCAGAUGCACUCACUUUCCAUGAAAUGCGGAAGAAACUAGAUCUUGAAAAAUUCCAAAUCGAGAAUCCUGGCAUGGAUUUCAGCAAAGCAAAAUUAUCAAAAUGCUAUGAUAAAAUGCCUGAGUCAGUGCUCGAAAAACCAGAACCAUCGUAAAUGAUGUCUGAUUGCUGCCUUGCUAUUCAGUGGAUCUCUCACCCACCUCUCCCAAGUUGGAAAGUCCUCCAAAUGUUGCUACAGCUCUCCAGUGGCCCUGGUAUUCUUUUCUGAAGUAUUACCUACUAGUCCCCCAUUGAGGAAUUGAAGUUGAUAUAAUUAUGCAGUUCACUAGUCUCUAAUUUUCUCCUGUGUGAAAUGGAUGGAAAAGUUCUAAGGUGAAUUCAUUUUAAUAUAUGUAAGUUAAAUAAAAAUAAUUACCUAGUGCAUUAUUGACCAAUAUAUGUAAAUUUAGCAAGUAAAUCGUUUUCCAAAAUGCUGUGAUAAA